GUCACUGUGCACACAAGCACAGUCUUGGGUAUUCCGAUCGAACGGACAGCUCAGACGUUAAACCUUACUUAACGGGAAACUAUCAAGCAUAGAAAAGCUGGACCACGUAAAACAAGGAUAAUAACCGUGACUUGUCUUUAUGAUUCUCGGUUGAAUCAUGUAUGACAGCCCACCUCAAUACAGCCCACACUACAUCGCCCCAUCAAACAUCUACACAUCCAGAAGUUUCUACUCUCAAAGGAGCGAGUAUGGCUUAUACUCUCCAGUGCCUGACGCUCCUCAGGUGGAAGGAAACCCUCAGCACUUCUACAGAUGGUUCUCACCCCCCGGCAUCGUGAAAACUAUGGAGGGAUUGACUGUGCUGCUCUGUUUUGUUAUUUUCGCCUGUGUCGCAUCCACUCUAGUUUGGGACAUGCACGGCUUCGAAGGUAGCCUGGGGGCUUACGUUGCCGGAUCCGGGAGCUUUAGCACGGGCGUUGGAUCGGGGUACUACGGAGGAACAUAUGGCUAUCAAAGCUCUUAUAUGACACCAUAUUCGGCAAAAUCAGCCAUGAUCUCAAUGGCAGCCAUUAAUUUUGUCAUUUCAUUGACCAUCCUAGUGUUCAGUUUUUCUAAGAUACGAUGCAUUCGUGGAAAAACGUUUUAUCUGACAGUUUUGGUGGUGGAUGUGGUUCUAGCUGUUCUUCAGUGUAUAAUAGACAUAAUAUUUGUGAUAGGGGUUAAUCCAACAUCACAAAGUUCACAAAGCGUUUUGUACAAUCCGGUCCUGAUGAUGUGUCAGACGUCAUUAGGGACACCCAGCAUCAGUGCUGGAGUAGGUACAGGGUUCCCCGGAGCAUACCCUUCAUUUAAUCGAUACCUCUAUCACUAUUGCUUUAUGGAUCCUGAGGAGGCUGUGGCACUGGUUUGUGGGCUUUUCGUCAUGGUUGCUCUGGUAGUGGCGGCAUGGUUUGCACACAAGACUCGAAGCAAAAUGUGGCGUCAUGGUAAGACUAAUAUCUACUGGGAGGAGCCACCUAUCCUCAGAACAGUAAGGAGCCAGAACACACAAGACUGGAGAAGCACUCAAUACACCCCCACUGUGGUUUUAUCGGAGAAGGCUACCCCAAAUCUGAAAGCAGAGAACAGCUUAACCUCCUACACUGAAGGAACAGCAAGCGCGCACAGUGAGGGAGCAUACAAAAGUGAUGUAUGUUCUGAGAAUGCAAACGGAUGUUCCCCAGAACCGCUGUACCGGAAUCGAUGGAUGAGCUCCAGUCCUGUGGAGGAAUUUGAAGUCCAGAGUUCCUCGGCGCAGAAGCCGGACACUCAUGACGUUCAAGAUGUUCUCUGCGAGACAAGGUACACAACCGGAGGAGAAUCAGCGAAUGAAUUUGAAACACAUCAGUGGGAGGAGUCUUAUUCAGAAAUAACGACAGAUGAACAGCGCAGACAGUACAAAAAACAGUUUGAUGCAGUCUUAACUGUGUACAAGAAAAUGUGUGCGGAGAUGGAUGACACCAGUGACCAAAUGAAUAAACUGAGCCGAGAGUUGGACACCCUUCAUGAAGAGUCCACAAAGUUUCAGGGUGUGGCUGACGAAUAUAAUCGACUAAAGGAUCUAAAGAGGUCUCCAGAAUACCAGACUAAGAAGCACCAGUGUAAGAAACUAAGGCAAGAACUGUUUCAUAUCAAGCAACUGGUCAAAAAUUAUGACGAAGGGCCUAGAAGAGCGAAUGAUUACGCUGCCGAUGAUCAAGAUUUCUUUGUGUAAAACUUAUAUAGCACUUUUUUCAGCUAAAUGUUAGUGACUUGCUCAGCUUUCUUAAAUGGUUUGAAGUGAGUUUUGUAAAUUGUUACUGUAAACAAUUAUAUUGUGUAAUACAAGCAUAGGUAAAAAUUGCCUUUGCAGUUGUGAUAUAAAGUUUCUCCAGCCCAACUGAAUGCAAACUAUUUUUCCUUACAUUUAAAAGUGUGUGACUGUGAACAAAUAAUUGAUCAAGUAUAAGUCAUUGUAUGAUACUUCUGUUUAAUCAAGCUGUCAUACACAAAUAUUUGAAAAGACAAAGAUAUUAAAAUGAAAACUGUA